GAUGAUAAUUCUAUUAGUCUAGAGAACAUAUUGCAACAAGUUUCAAAACUUGGCUAUUCAACAAUUUCUACAACCAAUGGUCUAGAAGCAGUAAAAUUGAUUGGUUCGAAAUUAGUCUAUUCAGAUAUAGAUCGGACAAAGCCUCAUAAAAUUUCAUUAGUUUUAACAGAAUAUAAUUUACUGAUAAUGUCAGGCUUUGAUGUUUCACAAGCAAUUAGAGCAAUGAAACCACCAAUUUCAAAUAUACCAAUCAUUGUUCUAACAGCUUUACCAGUAGAAGAAAUACAAAAUAAAUGUAUCAAGUUAGCAAUAAAUGAUUAUCUUGCAAAACCUUUGAACAUUGAAGAACUUAAAAAUGCUCUAACUAAAUGGAUUGUACCAACUUUACCAAUUGCG